AUGUUUAAUACAAAUUUUAAUACUUUUUUUGUACCACAACAACUCCUUUAUCCUUAUGGAUACCAAUAUUUGAUAAUGCCAUAAACAUUUUCUGUUCUCAAUUAAUAACAUUAUACUUUAUAGGCUUAAACUCAAAUUUUAGAAAAUAAAUCAUCUUCUGAACUUAAUCGAUCUAUAGAAGAUAUUUAAAAGAAAAAUUUUUUGGAAACUGAAAGCAAACUUGAUUAAACAAGCAACUAAGAAGAAAUUAAAGAUACACAUCUUCAGACAAAGUUAGAAAAAAAAAUCCACUAAAAAAAGUCUUAAAAACCGAAUUUCUUAGUGAAAUCUACCAAUAUCCAAAAAAUUAUGCAAAGGCUAUUGUAUCUUUUGCAUGUCGAUAAAGAAACCUAAUUUAUGAAAUUUUGGGAGAAAUAAGAGGCCAAGAGUUUCUGA